UUAUAGGCCAUUUUCUUCCACUAAUUCAUUCCUAUAUCUUUGUCAUAUACAAAAUGAUGCAACUUGAAAUAGUUUCCAAAGAAACCAUAAAGCCUUUGUUUUCAACUCCACCAGAGCUUAAGCUUCACCACCUUUGCUUGUUUGAUCGCCAUGCCCCUUACCUCUAUCUCCAUUUUCUUUAUUUCUAUCAAAAUAGCUCCCACUCCAAGUUGUUGAAGCACAGCCUUUCUAAAGCCUUGACUUUCUAUUACCCUUUCGCAGGACGACUCAAGGACGACUGCUCCAUCGACUGCAACGACAUGGGUGCCACCAUUUUAGAAGCAAGACUCCGGUGUCCAAUGUCGGAAUUUAUGAACGUCUACAAUCUGCGGCACGACGAAGCUUUGAAGUUGGUUUGUUUUGAUGAUAUGAAUGAUGGAUCAAAAGACCAAAGAUACAAUCCUUUGUUGUGUGUUCAGUUGACUAGAUUUGAAUGUGGAGGAGAAGUACUUUGUGUGUUCUUGUCCCACAAACUUGCAGAUGCUUCCACAUUUACCAACUUCAUGAACCAUUGGGCCUCCCUUUCCCGCACUGGUGACCACGACAUGCCACUGUUGCCGCCUCCUCGAUUUGACGCUGGGAGUUUAUUUGAAGCAGCCACAGUCGACGAUGUACUAGGAGAAGGUUCAAAAAUUGUAAAACGAGAGAAAAACUUAGUGUCGAAAAGAAUGGUGUUCAAGGCUUCAAAGAUUGCAGCUCUUAAAGCUACGGUUUGUGAUAAAGUGGAGAAUCCAAGUCGUGUACAAAUUCUUGCUGCUUUCAUCUACAAAGCUGCAAUUUCUGCAUCAAAAUCAACUCUAUCGAUUCAUCAUUCCAGAACUCCCAUCACAAACUAUUUGCUACGUAUCGCAAUAAACUUGCGCACCCGACUCAUUCCCCCAAUGCCUGCUACUUUAUCAGGCAACAUAAUCUCAUUCUUCUUGACGUCGGCAACGACGACAGCGGAGCAGAAAGAAAUAGAGCUAUCAAGUUUGUUGAGCGACAUGAAGAGAAACAUGAAAGAGUUCUGCAACAAAUAUCCAAGAAAUUACAAGGCCGAAGAAUGGUCUUCACUUUACAAGUUGCAUAUAAAAGAAUCAAUGGAGAGGAUGAACAAUCCGGAGGAUCAAAUUGUGUAUGCAUGCAGUAGUUGGUGCAGAUUUCCAUUUUACGAUGCUGAUUUUGGGUGGGGAAAGCCUGUAUGGAUCACUACGCCUACUAUUUUGAGUAAGAAUGUGAUUAUAUUGAUGGAUGCCAAAGAUGGUGAGGGAAUUGAAGCAUUUGUGAGUCUAGAGGAGGAGGAAAUGGCAGUGUUUGAGCAAAAUGAGGAGCUUCUUUCCUACUGUGAACUCGAAAGUUAAAGCGAUGGAGCAUAGCUUAUUUGACUGUUGGUUUUAUUGUAUUUAUAUUUGAAGGGUCUUUCUAAUAUUCAAUGUAAUGAAUGAGAGAUUACUCUCUUUCCCUCUCAACUUUGUUUCAUUGUCAAUACACUCACGAAGUUACGUAUAAAAUAAUACAACGACUAUUAAUCUAAGAUUUUAAUGGA